AUGAAGAAGCAAAACGUCCGGACACUCUCGCUGAUCGUCUGCACGUUCACCUACCUCCUCGUCGGAGCUGCUGUCUUUGACGCCCUUGAGUCGGAGACUGAGAAGAAGCGUUGGGAAACUCUUGAAGAUAUGGAGCAGAAGGUGAUCCGCAAGUACAACAUCAGUGCGGACGACUUCCGCAUCAUGGAGGCGGUGGUGCUCAAGACAGAGCCCCACAAGGCCGGGAAGCAGUGGAAAUUCGCCGGGGCCUUCUACUACGCCACCACCGUCCUCACCACUAUUGGUUACGGCCACUCGACGCCCAACACGGUGGGCGGCAAGCUGUUCACCAUGUGCUACGCCAUCGUCGGCAUCCCGCUGGGACUCGUCAUGUUCCAGAGCAUCGGCGAGCGCCUCAACAAGUUCUCCUCGGUGGUGAUCCGCAACGUGAAGCGGAUGCUGCACUGCAAGAACGAGGAGGCGUCCGAGAUCAACCUCAUCUUCGUGGUGACGACGCUGAGCAGCCUCACGAUCGCGGGCGGCGCGGCCGCCUUCAGCCGCUACGAGGGCUGGACGUACUUCGACUCGGUGUACUACUGCUUCAUCACGCUCACCACCAUCGGCUUCGGCGACAUGGUGGCGCUGCAGAAGGACAAGGCGCUCGAGCGCAAACCCGAGUACGUCGCGUUCGCGCUCAUCUUCAUCCUGUUCGGGCUCGCCAUUGUGGCCGCCUCGCUCAACCUGCUCGUGCUGCGGUUCGUCACGAUGAACACCGAGGACGAGCGGCGCGACGAGGCGGAAGCUCUCCAGGCGGCGCAAGGCGCGGUGCGGCUGGAGGGCGACGUCAUCACGGCGAACGGGUCCAUCCUGAGCGGGCAGCUGGGCGGCGGCGGCGACGACUCGAGCUCGGGCGGCGGCGACGCGGCGUCCGUGUGCAGCUGCUCGUGCUACCCGCGCGCCUCGGCGGCGCAGCCCCGCUACACGGUGCGGCGCGCGCCCGGCCGCAUCCAGCACCUGCUGCCGCUGCAGCCGCUCGCGCUGGCAACGGGCGCCGUGACGCGCGGCGACCUGCCGCCGCUGCACCCUCACCGCGCCUCUAUCUGA